AUGCCUAACACAAAGACCACAGAAACUGCAAGAGCGUCACGAAUAUCCACAUUUGAUAGACAACAUAAAGGCAUCUCAACUACUUUUACUGGACCAUGUCAAAAUCAUCUCCCAUCUUUAAGACAACACAAAUCAAUUCCUAGAAUACCAAACACACAGACCAGAGAAACGACAAGAGAUUCAGGAAUGUCAAAAAAUGCUGGAGCUGAACAUAAUUUUUCGAAAUCUGAUCCACUGAAUGAAGAUUUACUAAGCAACAUGGAUGGUUAUGAUGACCUAGAAUUUGACAGUAGUAGUCAAGAAAGUUUUGAUUCUGAUACUUCAGAUCACGAACAAUCUAUUUUGCUAGAACCAGAAAUAAACAACCAAUCAGAACGAGUGAUGAAACUGGCGGCAAUGUUUAAAAAAACCUUCUCUGAAGUGAAGAAAAAAGUCAAACCAAUAUCUCCUAAAGAGGAUGGACAGGUUCAGUUGCCAUACCUAAAGAAGCCCCCUGAUCUUCUAAUGAACCUUCUAACAGGAACUGAUAAGCUUAGCAAACAUUUUCAAAGGAAUACGAGAUCAUAUAAUAUGGUUUUCUCUUUCACUUCACUUGGUGGGAAGAUAGAUAAAUCUAUGAAAAAGGGACGAGGACCACAGAUGAUUCAGCUUCAUGGUGAAAACUAUCAUUUGAUGGGAAGUUUAACACCACCUGAAGGAGACCAUGCCAAGUUUGGACAACUAUACAUUGUUGAUACAGAGAAUGAAGUUGAAAACAAAUUUAAUGCUCUGAGCAGCAAAUCCAAAAAUUUCUCACCUGGUAGUAAGCAAGACGGUUUGAAGAAGGAAGUUAUUCAACCUAUUAUCAAGAUGUUGAAUGCUGUUAAUCCAUAUGUUGUGCAGUUUCGAUCAGCUAGAGAGAGAUUUCAAUUGAAUCCUGAAAAAACCUUCCAUAUGCGAAUUGUCAGUAGAAGUGACAAAGAUGGUAGGACAUAUAAUAUGCCAACAGCAGCUGAGGUGGCUGCAUUGAUUCCUGGUGAUUUUAAUUUAGGAAUGGAUAAGCGGGAUAUUGUGCUUCAGCAUAAAUCUGGAAAACUAACCAGGAUCGAUGAGAUUCAUAUCUCUUAUCUAGCACUACAAUAUCCUCUAAUAUUUGUCUAUGGUGAGGAUGGUUUCAGGGUUGGUAUUAAGAAAGGCAUUACAGAAGCGUCAAAGAAACUCAAAAAUCCUUCAAUCAGUAUGAGGCAGUUUUUUGCUUUCAGGCUUCAAGAGCGAGAUAAUGAGUCACAUGUUCUGCUCUAUUCAAGAAGGUUAUUUCAACAGUUCAUAGUGGACGCCUAUACUACAAUAGAAUCUAAUAGACUGAGGUAUUUGAAGCUUAACCAGACAUGCUUGCGUUCAGACAGUUACGACUCUAUCAGAGAAUCAGAAAAUGCUGGCAACUCAGAUAUGAAUGAACAAGGUCAACAAUUUCUUCUACCAGCUACUUUUACAGGGAGUCCAAGAUACAUGAAGAAUAUGUACUUAGACGCUAUGGCCAUUUGUAGACAUUUUGGUUUUCCAGACCUUUUCAUCACAUUCACAUGCAAUCCAAAAUGGCCAGAACUUACAAGAUUUCUUAAGAAAAGAGGCUUGAAAUCAGAUGACAGGCCUGAGAUUAUUUGUCGGAUCUUUAAGCUGAAACUCGAAUCUUUGAUGAAUGAUUUGACAAAGAAGAAUAUUCUGGGAAAGACAUCUUCAUCUAUGUAUACUGUUGAGUUUCAAAAGAGAGGCCUGCCACAUGCUCACAUUCUGCUUUUUAUGCACCCUUCCUCCAAGUUUCCCAAAACAGAAGACAUUGAUAAAAUCAUAUCAGCUGAGAUCCCAGAUAAAUCAUCUGAUCCAGAUCUUUACAAUGUUGUUAAGGAUUGUAUGAUUCAUGGUCCCUGUGGAGCUGCUAUUAUGAAUUCACCAUGUAUGGAGAAUGGACAGUGUUCGAAAAUGUUUCCUAAGCAAUUCGCAGAGAAUACUCGGGUGAAAAAAGAUGGAUUUCCACUCUAUAGAAGACGCCAGUCUGACUGUUAUAUUGAGAAGAAUGGCUUAAAAUGUGAUAACAGAUGGGUCAUCCCUUACAACAGGAAACUCUCUCUUCGUUAUCGAGCUCACAUUAAUGUAGAGUGGUGCAAUCAAGUUGGUUCUAUUAAGUAUUUAUUUAAAUACAUUAAUAAAGGAGCGGAUCGUGUAACUGUAGUUGUCGAACCACCAGGGCCAGAAGUUAGGAGCGAAACACUAGCUACCUCAGCUCCAGCGAACUCAGCAGCACCAAGCUCAUCUGCAGCCCACUCAGCUACAGCAACCUCAGGUUGUGCGACCUCAGCUCCAGCUAACUCAGCGACAGACACUGGUGGUGAUGUUUUGAAACAAAACGUUGAGAUUAAGAAGAAUGAAAUAAAGGAUUUCUUUGAUUGCAGAGGGAAGGACAAACUGAAAGAUGUUCUUGGUCGUAAGCUUAUCGAGAACACAAUGUUUCUGGCUUGGUUUAAGCUUAAUGAAGUUGAUGCUUUCGCUCGGACUCUUACUUAUAUUCAGAUUCCCAACUACUACACAUAUUCAAAGAGUCAGAAGAAGUGUACUAGAAGGAAGCAAGGGUUCAGUGUUGGAAGAAUUAAUUAUGCCCCACGUAAGCAAGAAAGUGCUUAUUUUUUGAGAGUGUUAUUGAACUACGUCAAAGGUCCUACCAGCUUUGACGAUAUUAAAACCUACAAUGGUGUAGUUUACGAGGGGUAUAAAGAGGCAUGUUAUGCUCGAGGAAUAUUGGAUGAUGACCAGGAGUAUAUAGAUGAUUUAGUGAGGCGCAGUUAUGAUAGCUCUGCAGCUGUUGUUCGUGAUCUUUUUGUUCUAAUGCUUCUAUCCGAUAGUCUGUGUCAACCAGAGGUUGUUUGGGAUAAAACAUGGAAACUGUUGUCUGAGGAUAUCGAGUAUAGUCGCAGAAUGCAUUUCAAUAGGCCAGGGCUUAUACUAAAUGACAGUGACAAGAAACUAUAUGCUCUUAUAGAGAUUGAGAAGCUUAUGAGAAGGAAUGGGAGUUCACUUUCAGUCUAUGAAUCUAUGCCUAAACUGCCUGCUGAAUUCAAACCGAUCGAAAAUGUUUUGAUCUUGGAUGAAUUAAAUUACGACCUGCAUGAGUUGCAAGCCACUCAUGACAGAGAUAUUCUGAAGAUGACUGAUGAACAAAAAAAGAUAUACGAUGAGAUCAUUGGUGCUGUUGUUGAAGAUAGAGGUGGAAUGUUCUUUGUUUAUGGGUUCGGUGGCACUGGAAAAACCUUUCUUUGGCAAAUUCUAUCAGCUGCUGUUAGGUGUAGGGGAGAUAUAGUUCUUAAUACUGCAUCUAGCGGAAUUGCUUCUUUGUUGUUACAAGGUGGUAGGACUGCUCAUUCCCGUUUUAGCAUACCAAUCAAUCCAGAUGAGUUUACUACAUGUUCAUUGACUCAUGGAUCAGAUAAAGCUAAUUUGAUAAAGGAAGCAUCUCUAAUUAUUUGGGAUGAAGCACCAAUGAUGAGCAAACAUUGCUUUGAAUCUUUAGACAGAAGUUUAAAGGAUCUGAUGGGGAAUCACGACAAUAAGCCUUUUGGUGGGAAGGUUAUUGUUUUUGGAGGUGACUUUCGGCAAGUACUUCCUGUGAUUACUGGAGGUAGCAGGGCUGAGAUAGUGUUGGCUGCCAUGAAUUCUUCUUAUCUCUGGGAACAUUGCAAGGAUGAGGCAAAAGAUCUGAAAGAAUUUUCUGAAUGGAUUUUGGCUGUUGGGGAUGGGAGAAUAGCAGAGCCUAAUGAUGGGGAGGCACUAAUUAUGGACCAAGAGUAUCCGAUAGAAACUAUAAGUCAUGCCAUCUAUGGAGAUGCAGAUUCAUUAAGAGGAAUUCAAGAUCCUAAGUUUUUCCAACAGAGAGCAAUCUUAUGUCCAACAAAUGAGGAUGUUAAUAUGAUUAACGAUCAUAUGUUGUCUAAACUUGAUGGUAAGAGUUUUAUUUAUUACAUGUAUUGUCAUUAUACUGUGUAG